AUUUUCCUCCGAUCAACGCUGAAACUUGUCGACCCGCCGGCGACGAUGGAUUUACAGCAAAAGCAGGCGUGUUGGAAACUUGAACUCGAGGUUAUAGAUAACGAUUCUUCAUGGGUCAGUAAAUUUGAUCCUUCUAAGAAGAAGAAGAAGAAGAAGCAGAAGCCUCUGAUACGCGAAGACGACAUCUUCUUCCAGAAUGGAGGACACUUUACGGAGGAUAACUUACCGGACUGUCAAUCUAGCCGGAAAUUUGAGCCAGAUUAUGGCUACAAAGAGCUCUUGAGUAUGGUGUUUGAUAGGCUUCGUGAGGAAGAUGUCGAGGUUUCUACAGAGAGGCCAAGAACAGUGAUGAUGCCUCCUCAGCUCCUUGCAGAAGGGACGAUAACUGUUUGUUUAAACUUUGCUGAUCUCUGCAGAACGAUGCAUAGGAAGCCAGAUCAUGUCAUGAAAUUCUUACUUGCCCAAAUGGAGACAAAAGUAUCGCUGAACAAACAGCAGCGGCUAGAGAUUAAGGGUUUAGUGUCUUCUAAGGAUUUUCAAGCUGUGUUCCGGAAAUACAUUGAUGCGUUCGUAAUCUGCGUCUGCUGCAAAAGUCCUGACACAGCUCUCGCGGAGGAGGGCAAUGGUCUUUUCAAUCUCAGAUGUGAGACGUGUGGUUUAGUAGCACCAGUCGAUAUACCAAAUCUACUGUGAAGAAACUCAUGAAGAUAUGGAAAUUCAAGAGCAACGUGCUGGGCAAGGUUCCAUUGUAAGAUUUAUAGUGAUUUCUUCUGACUUUGUUAGUCAGUUGUAUCAGAAGACGUUUUCUCUACAACUCUAAAAAAGAAGUUCCCGCGUCCUGAGAGAUGUUGUAGGGCUGAACUAAAACUCUCGAAACCGUUUGUGAGAUGUCUUUAGCUAGUGUAUGCCUAAUGGAAGUUCUUUAAUGAUCAGUUACUGAGACAAAACGCAAAUGAUGCAAAUUUGCUAAGAGUAACGUGUCAUUUUAUAUGCACGUAAUGCAAAAACAUAAGUUCCCUAGUUCCUGUCACGGUAAAGAGGAUUUGCUUUAGAUCACAUUGUGCAUUUGUGAAA